AUGGUGACUCUGGUCAACUACCGUCUGAAAGUGACAUUAAACGACGGUAGAGCGCUCGUUGGCCAGAUGUUGGCAUACGACAAGCACAUGAACUUUGUUUUGGCAGAAUGCGAGGAGUUCCGGACUGUCAAGGGAAAGAAGUCCAAAACCUCACCCUCGGACGAAGCCGCGCCUACAGUACAGCAAAAACGAACACUAGGUCUCGUCGUCCUGCGCGGAGAGACGAUUGUGAGCGUGACGGUGGAAGGACCGCCGCCUGUGGUGAAUGACGACAAGACGGGGUUGAUGGCUGGACCGGGGAAGGGUGUGGCGGCGGGACGAGGGAUGCCGCUCGGUGCUGGCGCACCAGCAAUGGCCGCUCGACCAAUGGCAUAUGCUCGUCCUCCUCCAGGAUUCCCGCCAGGUAUGCCCGGUCUCCCACCAGGGAUGCCACCAGGGUUCCCCGGCGGUAUGCCCCCAGGGAUGCCCCCACCAAAUGGGUAG